AUGAGCGAGUAUCCGGUAGUGGAAAUGCGUCCCUCGCACGAACCGAAAUUCGCGACAACAGAGAUAACUGAGCCCACAACAACCUUAUCAUCCAAUCCAAGCUCUCCACAUGCUAACACCCCAAAUGCAAAAACUCCAGACGUGAUGCAUCCAGAGGCGACAAAUGAGGAAACCGGUGGGGGCAAUUCCCGGCUCUCAGUGGUCACGAUGAUCCUCUUCAGUGGCCUGGCAAUUGGGUCAGAUGGCUUUAAUGCAUCGAUCAUCGGUAACAUAGAAUUGCUAAUGGAAGUCAUCUAUCCGCAAUCCUUAACUACUGCUGUCGCCGCUCGUCUAUCAAAUGCCUUCAUGGUCGGCAUGAUCAUCGGCAUGCUGUCCUUUGGCUAUAUCUCCGACAAGCUGGGGCGCAAAACGGGCGCUGUUCUUACAACAACCAUUUUGGUUCUCGGAAUCGCCCUUAGUGCCGGGGCUAGCGGCCUCACCGAUGACGGCAUGUUCUGGAUGCUGAUCAUUGCAAGGGGUAUUGCAGGGGUUGGUGCAGGCGGAGUAUCCGGUUGCUGGGGCGGGUGCUGCAGAAGCCACCGACGAAGCUCCGGGGUUCGCAAGCGAAGAGGUUUCAUUUUUGCCAUGAUUGGUGACCUAUCAGCCUCUCUGGGAUUUGCAUUUGGUGCUCUCGUUCCGUUGAUACUGCUACUAUGCUUUCACCAACAAGUGCAACGUUAUGAGGCCGUAUGGCGGGUCUCUCUAGCGAUGGGUGCCAUUGCCCCCCUCUCGAUCUUUUGGUUCCGUUAUCGAAUGGUCAUGAGUUCGGCAUAUCGAAAAAGUUCGAUGAAGAAGCAAACGAUUCCGUACCGUCUCGUGGCUAAGAAGUAUUGGCGACCAUUGAUUGGGGUUUGCGGUUCUUGGUUCAUCUAUAACUACAUAUCGUAUCCCUUCGGACUUUUCUCCUCGACUAUUGUGGGCCGAGUGAAUCCUUCCUCGUCGCUUGCCCUCACAAUGGCGUGGGGGACAUUGAUCAACUGCUUCUAUAUCCCCGGAGCUUUCAUCGGUGGCUUUUUAUCUGAUCGCAUUGGUCGUAGACGCACCAUGGCAUUGGGGUUCUUUCUUCAAGCAAUCCUUGGUUUCGUCCUGGGUGGGGCCCUGGGACCAAUCCAAACUAAGCUACCGCUGUUCAUUGUCCUGUAUGGCAUCUUUCUUACCCUCGGUGAGGUUGGCCCAGGUGCCACCAUUGUGCUCGCUGCCAGUGAGAGCUUUCCCACGGCUGUCCGCGGCCACGGUGUUGGUUUGGCAGCCGCAUGGAGUAAAGCUGGCGCUGCCAUUGGGACGCAGGUGUUCAAGCCCAUUCUAGCCAGUUGGGGAGAUGAUGAACUCCGCGGUACUCAGGCGGUGUUUCUAAUUGGAUCAGGAUUUGCAGUCAUCGGGGCUUGUCUUGCGUGGUUUGUACUCCAGGAUAGCAAUACGAUCUUGGAUCAUGGCGAUCAAGAAUGGAAGGAGUACCUGGCGGCCAACGGGUAUACGAACAUUGAGUGGGGUAUUCAAAAUCAGCCGGUCGUAUCGGAUAGCAAAGUAGUGGAGUGA